AUGGUUAUUGUGGUAGAACAUGACGUUCUGGAGCGGUUGCAACUCUACAAGCAUCCUGCAAUACAAGCUGAUCUAAAUCCUUCUAGAUGUGCAGAAGUUUGCCGUGGUCCUUCAAAUAGUUACAUUAGGCCAAUCAAUAGUAAUGAUGGCAUGUUACGUAGCCUGAUGAUGCUCGGUAGCCCCUUACAAGCCGACCCUUUCUCGCUCUUUGAUGAACCGGGAUGGUUUAAGACGUUAUAA